UUCUUUCCUGAAACUGAUAAAAAACAUUUUUACUAUUUAGAAAAAAUAUUUUAAAAAAGGAAACAAAAGGGCAGAGAGAGAAGAAUCAAAGCCCACUUCUUCUUCUUAUGUGUCUAAUCUAAUCUCUAAUCAAAUCUCUCACGCACGACUCUGAGAGAGAGAGAGAAAGAGUCCAUCAUCUUCUCCGAUCGAAAUAAGCAUUUUAUAUUCAUCGUCACCUUAUUGGCUAUGCAGUUUGCUACUCCUGAAGAAGGAGAACUAAGAUCAAAUUUAUAUAAAUGAGAGACAUGUUGUAUUUAGAAUGCAGUUGUAAUGAUAUUCAUCUCGCUGAGUGGCAUCCUUUGGAUUCUUUAAACUCCUCCUAAACCCUCUCUUUUUCACUCCAGGGAAGGGAGAUAAUGUUUCGUGAUAGUCUUUGGUUUUCCCGUACCAUUGGUUGCUUUGGAUGCUUUGGCACUUCUACUAGAACCCGAGAGUUGCCGCCUGAGAGGCCACUCCAACAUGAUGAUACGCAUUCCUCUGGUAGUGAGGCAACUAGCAGUUCCAGAAGCGAAGAGGACGAAGAAGAAGUAGAGCAGAAGAGCCGCUCUAAACGGUCUGACGAAAUUUUGAAAUUUAGAUUAGAUCAUGGUUUGAUCUGCAGGCAAGUUCCUGUGAAAGUCACUAAUCAACUUAUCCGUGGAGAGGAUGAAGAUGGUAACAAGAUGAUCAAUGAGUAUGUUCGUGUGUGUAAAAUUGGAUCUGGUAGCUAUGGCAAAGUGGUUUUGUAUCGAAGCUCUGUUGAUGGCCUAUCUUAUGCUAUUAAGGCGUUUCACAAGUCGCAAUUAUUAAGGCUAAGGGUUGCACCUUCUGAGACUGCUAUGAGUGAUGUUCUUCGUGAGGUUAUGAUUAUGAAAAUUUUGGAGCAUCCUAACAUUGUUAAUCUCAUUGAGGUGAUAGACGACCCAGAAACUGAUCAUUUUUACAUGGUUCUUGAAUACAUUGAUGGAAAAUGGGUUUAUGACGGUUCUGGACCGCCUGGUGCUCUCGGGGAGAAAACCGCUAGAAAGUAUCUGCGGGAUAUAGUUGCUGGCCUCAUGUAUCUUCAUGCUCAUAAUGUGAUUCAUGGGGACAUCAAACCUGACAAUCUGAUGGUUACUAGUAGCGGUACUGUGAAGAUAGGAGACUUCAGUGUCAGCCAAGUGUUCAAGGAUGAUGAUGAUCAACUGCGUCGAUCUCCAGGGACUCCAGUGUUCACUGCUCCAGAAUGUUGUUUAGUGUCAGGUAUAACGUAUAGCGGCAGAGCUGCUGAUACAUGGGCAGUGGGGGUCACUUUGUAUUAUAUGAUAUUGGGACAAUACCCGUUUCUUGCUGAUACUCUUCAGGACACCUACGACAAGAUUGUUAACAACCCUUUGAUACUCCCGGAUGGAUUAGAUCCUCUUUUAAGAGAUUUGAUGGAAGGUCUCCUUUGCAAAAAUCCGAGUGAGAGAAUGACACUGAAGAAGGUGUCUGAGCAUCCUUGGUUCCUUGGAGAAGACGGGCAUGUUCCUGAGUAUUUUUGUUGCUGCAAACGCAAGUCUGCCUUGAAGAUUGAACAAGAAGAAGAAGCUAAUGGGAUGUCUGAAGACUCAGAUUUCUAGCUAAAAACUUUGGAAGCUUUUUGAUUGUUUAGAAAUGUAUAAGAUUGAAGAACAUAGAUGCAGGAAACGUUAACAUCAGGCUAUCGCAUCUCCUUAACCAUACAAGUUUCCGGUCGUUGUGUUUCUUUUUUUUUUUAAUUUUCUUUAAUAUACUAGAUAGUUUUCAUAUUAUUAUCAUGUGUUGUUUUAUGAGUUUCAAAAUUAAUAUGACAAUGAUUUUUUAUU